UCGGCAGUUCAGAAAGAGCGCGAGCAGAAGCGACUGGUGGAAGAAAAUAAGGCGCCAUCGUCUGACUUCGAUAUGAUCAAAUCACGCGUGAACAUCAUCAACUAUGCGACCCUAGCAGAAGUGAAUCACUUCAAGAAGGAGUGUUCGAAAGACUUCAACAAAAUGAUGGCCGAAUUUCUACGAGCUCAGGUGGUGUUCUAUCAGGAAAUUGUGGACAAACUACAGGAGGCGCUACUUCGCUUCGACAAUCGUUCGUGA